AUGGCCGAAGCGGCGAGACAGCUCCGCCGCUGCCGGGCGCUGAUAGGCGGCGCGCUGCUCCUCCUCUGCAGCCUGGCGGCGCCCGGGAACAGCCAGCAGCAGCCGCCGGACCCGGCCGAGCCGUCGCUCCUGCUCUCGCCGGCGGAGCCCGACGCGGGCGCGCUCGACGGCGGCGCAGCGGAGAUCCUGGUGGCCAACCGCGGGCUGCGCGUGCCCUUCGGCCGCUCCGUGUCGCUCGACCCGGCCCGGGACUUGGUGGUGCGCGUGCGGCCGGGCGAUAGGUGCGUCCUGACCGUGCUGGAGCGCGGGCCGCCCCCGGCGCCCCACCGCCCCGGCGCGCUCUCCCCGAAGCGCUUCCCCUGCGACUUCGGCCCCGGCGAGGUGACCUACACGCACUACGGCGCGCGCAGCCCCGGCCGCGACCGCCUCAGCCUCCAGCUGCGCUACGACGCGCCCGGCCGCACGCUCAUCGUGCCCUUCGCGCUGGAGGCCGAGGUGCUCUCGCAGCAGCUGCGCCUGCUCAGCCGCAACCUGCCCCUCGCCGUGGAGAAGCUGCGCGGCCUCAGCGCGCCCCUGGACGCCAAAGUGCUGGCCUUCGCCGAGGCGGCGGGGCAGGGCCACCCCCGGCGCUGCCGCCUCACCGCCCUGCCCCAUCCUCCGGGCAGCGGCAACCACCUGCCCGCCUACGGGCGCCUCGUGGACUCCCACGGGCGCCCCGUGCCGCCGGGCUACAGCAACGAGUGCAGCCGUUUCCUGGACGACGGCAUCCGCUAUGAGCACACGGCCAGCACGCCCUCGCCCAACCGCGACUACAUCCCCAUGCGGGUGGAGGUGCUGACGGAGGACGGUUCCCCCGAGAGCCACAGUGAGCAGGAGUAUUUCCAGGUGAUGGUUCGCAUCCGGCAAGGAGCGGAGAAUACUCCACCCAAGCCCAGUUUUGUGGCGUUGCUCAUGAUGGAGGUUGACCAGUUUGUGCUGACUGCCAUCACACCAGACAUGUUGGCUGCAGAGGACCUGGAGAGUCCUUCGGACCUGCUGCUGUUCAAUCUCACCUCGCCCUGGCCCAGCAUGGGUGGGCGGGAGAAGGCAGUGGGGGAUGAUCCCCGUUUUCAUGGUUACUUGAUAAGCACUGAUGACCCCAGCAGGCCACUCACUUCCUUCACUCAGCAAGAGGUGAGAGAGCUGAAGAUUGCCUACCAACCUCCCACAGUGGACUCUGACCAUGAGCGGCUCUUCCAACUCGAGAUGGAGGUGCUGGACCCUGAGGGUGCCUUAUCAGAGCCUUUUGCCUUUGUGGUGGUGGUGAAGCCUAUGAACACAUUGGCCCCGGUGGCUGUCUUUGAUCGAGUAGCCGGGCCACAGAUGAUGCUUUUUGAAGGUCAAUCACGGUCUCUCUCUGUAAAUCUUGAAAUCAGUGAUGAGGACAACCUGGAUGAAGUGAAGGUUUGGGUUACAAGAGGACUAAAACAUGGUGAACUCAGGGUUUUGGGUGCAUCACCUGGUCGCCAAUUUUUUACUGCAGCUGAGUUGGAGGCUGGACAGGUCGUCUAUCAGCACGAUGGCAGUGAGCACAGUUACAGUGAUAACAUUGUCUUUCGCAUGGGGGAUGGGCAACACCAAGUGGAGUUUCUUUACCCAAUCACUAUUGCCCCUGAUGAUGACCAGCCACCCCUCCUCAAUGCCAACACUGGCUUGCUCCUCAGUGAGCACCAGGUGGUGCAGAUCCCUCCCUUUGUCCUCAGUGCUACCGAUGUUGACUCUGAUGACUCAACCAUUCGAUUUGUACUCAAGGUGGCUGAAGGGUCUCCAGGUACAUCCACUCCUCACCAGCUUGGUAGGCUUCUGUUGCGUCAGCCAGAGAUUCCUUCGUCUUAUGAAAAGAAGGAGGAUGUGGAAGGGGAUCAGAGUGCUACAUCUUCCUGGCACUUUGUGGAGAGUGAAGGUGUGUAUGAAAAGGAGGUGACUGAAUGGCUGCAACAGGAUAUCUUGGAUGGGAAAUUGUUCUACAGGCACACAGGGCCCCACAGCACCACUCUAGUGAUGGAUCAGUUUGUAUUCUACCUCCAGGAUGAUAACGACCCACCAAAUCAAUCAGGAGAGCAGGUGUUCAUCAUUAAGAUCCAACCAGUGGAUAACCUGCCACCUGAACUGUACACAGGUACCACUUUGCAAAUGACUGUCCUUGAAUAUCAGGUCACCCACUUCAAAAAACGCUAUCUGCGCUACACUGAUUUGGACACUGAUGACAGGGAGCUGAAAUACACGGUGCUUAUACCACCAACUGACACUGAUGAAAACCACCCUGUGUUGGCUGGAGAGAUUGUCUUGACUGAUGACCCUUUGGUGUCCAUUACACACUUCACCCAAGCGCAAAUAAAUCAUCACAAAGUAGCCUAUAAGCCACCAGACCAAGAGCUUGGCAUCACCCCUAGAGUGGUGCAAUUCACCUACAGAGUUGAAGACACAGUGGGUAAUUUUGUGCUAGGCACCUUCACCCUCUUCCUGCAACCAGUGGAUAAUAAGCCCCCGCAGAUCACCAAUGCCGGUUUCACUGUGUUUGAGGGGGGCAGCUUCCUCCUCACCAGCGCUCAGCUGGAUGCCACUGAUAAGGAUACAGACCCUGACCGAAUUGUCUUCACCUUAAGUGAGGCACCUCAGCAUGGCCACCUGCGCUACCUGGAGGAAGGCUUGAUGAUACAGGGUGAAUCUUUUCUGUUAGAUGACAUUGCUAAUGGUCGCAUCUCCUACAGACAUAGCGGUGAUGAGUACACAAGUGAUUCCUUCCAGUUGGAAGUAAGUGAUGGAGUUCAUCAAGUGCCAAUCAUUGUUAGAAUUGCAGUUCAGCCUGUGGAUGAUGAGCGCCCCAGCAUCACUCUCCCUGGUAGUAAUGGACUUUUGGGAGCCUUUAUUGAUGUGCUGGAAAAUAGUGUCACUGAAAUAACUACUUCUCUUAUCCAGGGGACAGAUGAGGAUACUGAUGAGCUGGCAUUGACUUUUAUUGUGGAGGAUCCCCCCAAGCUGGGUGAAAUAUUAGUGGAUGGAGUGCCCUCUAAGAGAUUUACCCAGCAGGACCUCAUUAAUGGAGCAGUAGUCUAUGCUCAUGUGGGUGGAGAAAUUGGUUUGAAAAAGCUGUCUGAUUCUUUCAACCUUACUAUUUCAGACCUCUCCAGUGAGUGGGUGGUGGGAGGCAGCACAGUAGAAGGGGUGCGUGUGACUGUGACUAUUUUGCCCAUGGACAACAUUGCUCCUGAGGUUUUGGUGGGGGAAGAGCCAUUCACAGUUUAUGAGGGAGGGAAAAAUGUGCUAAGCUUACAACUGCUGGAUGUGGAAGAUGUAGAUACUCCCAAGGAUGACAUCCUAUGUACCAUCCUAAUACAGUCCACUUCUGGAUACCUGGAGAAUAUCUCUCCAGCUCCUGGAUCUGAAAAAUCCAGGGCUGGUACUGCCAUCAGUGCAUUCUCCAUCAAGGAUGUUCGCCUUGGACAUAUCAACUAUGUGCAGAGCAUCCAUAAGGGGGUAGAACCUUUGGAAGACAGAUUUACGUUCCACUGUUCUGAUGGUAUAAACUUCUCCCCACACCAUUUCUUUCCUAUUGUCAUUAUCCCAACCAAUGAUGAGAAACCUGAACUGUUUGUGCGAGAGUUUGUGGUACUGGAAGGGAUGAGCCUGGUGAUUGACACUCCUAUUCUUAAUGGUGCUGAUGCUGAUAUUCCCCCGGAUGAGUUGCGCUUCUUCAUAACUGUUCCUCCUAAGCAUGGGCAGAUUGUUAACCAGCUGGCCACUGGCAGUGUGUCCAUACACAAUUUUACUCUGGAAGAAAUCCGGGAGGCAUCUAGUAUUGUGUAUGAGCAUGAUGACUCAGAGACAAAAGAGGACACUUUCAAAAUUCAAUUGACUGAUGGCCUGCACACAGUGGAGCAAGAAGUGUUAAUUAUGGUCAUAUUGGUGGAUGAUGAAACACCUAGAAUGUCUAUCAACGAUGGAUUAGAAGUGGAGAUCGGUGAUUCCAAAAUUAUUACCAAUCAGGACCUCAAGGCCACUGAUAUCGAUUCAGAAGACAAAACCCUCACUUACAUUAUCCGUCUGUUACCCAGGCAUGGUCUUCUACAGCGCAUGAGUAAAGAGGGAGAGGUGCUAGGCAACAUUACUCUGGGCAUGAAUUUCACGCAAGAUGAUAUAGACCAGGGUUGCAUACGCUAUAUUCACACUGGCCAACAGGGUGUCCGUGACUUAGUUAAGUUUGAUGUCACAGAUGGCAUAAAUCCUUUGAUUGAUAGAUAUUUUUAUAUUACCAUCAGUGGUGUGGACAUGGUCUUUCCUGAAGUGAUCAAUAAAGGAGUGACUCUGAAAGAAGGUGGAAAAGUGACACUCACUACUGACCUCCUCAGUACAAGUGACAUUAACAGUCCUGAUGAGCAUCUCCGAUUCAGUAUCACCCGGGCCCCAAGCAGAGGUCAUUUGGAAAACUCUGAUAACCCUGGACUUCCAGUCACUACCUUCACACAGCUCCAGCUAGCUGGAAACAAGAUUUAUUACAUCCACACUGCAGAGGAUGAAGUGAAGAUGGAUAGCUUUGAGUUUGAAGUGACAGAUGGCUAUAAUCCAGUUUUCCGCACUUUCAGAAUUACCAUAACUGAUGUGGACAAUAAAAAACCAGUUUUAACCAUCCAUGACCUGACAGUUCUCGAAGGAGAAACCAAACUGAUCACCCCGUUUGAGCUAAAUGUAGAUGAUCGGGACACACCUGACCAUCUACUCCGCUUCAUAAUUACUCAAGUCCCUGUCCAUGGUCAGAUUAUUUACAACAACAGCUACUCUGUGACCAGCUUCACCAAACAAGAUUUAAAUGAGAACAUGAUCAACUAUAGACACGAUGGCACAGAAACUAGCCAUGAUAGCUUCUCUUUCACAGUUACUGAUGGAAUCCACUUGGACUUUUUUGUUUUUCCUGAUACCAUGCUUGAAACACAUCAUCCACAAAUGAUGAAGAUUCAUAUCAAUUCUCUGGACAAUGGUGUGCCACAGAUAGUCGUGAAUAAGGGUGCUCCAACCCUAAAAAAUAUCCCCACCGGGCACCUAGGUUUCUUAAUUACUAGCAAGUCUCUGAAGGCUGAAGACAGAGACAGUCCACACAAACUGCUAAAAUACAGACUCACAGAUGGACCAAGGCAUGGACUUCUCAUUAAUACUGGCCUAGGAAAUGGAAGCAUUAAAGCCUUUACACAAGCUGAUAUUGAUGACUUGAAGAUCUGUUAUGUCCUGAAGGAAGGUGAAAAUGCUACUAGUGAUAUCUUCUAUUUUUCAGUUGAAGACAGUGGAGGAAACAAAUUGAAGAGCCAGCCAUUCCGUUUAAACUGGGCUUGGAUUUCCCUGGAAAAAGAGUACUAUAUUGUAGAUGAGGAUUCAAGAACUCUGGAGGUAACUCUCAAGCGCAGAGGAUAUCUAGGGGAGACAUCAUUUGUUAGCAUUGGGACUAAAGAUGGGACAGCUGAAAAGGAUAAGGAUUUCAAAGGGAAAGCUCAGAAACAAGUUCAGUUCAACCCAGGUCAGACCGUAGCUACCUGGCGAGUGAGGGUAAUGGCAGAUAAUGAAUAUGAGGAAUCAGAGGUCUUCCAGAUUAUUUUGUCAGAUCCGGUUAUGGCUGCUCUGGAAUUUCCAGAAAGAGCAACAGUGGAAAUCGUGGAUCCUGGUGAUGAAUCAACUGUGUACAUUCCUGGAUCAGAAUACAGAAUAGAAGAAGAUGUUGGUGAGCUGCUAAUUCCUGUCAGGAGAUCUGGAGAUGUUACCCAUGAGUUAAUGGUCAUUUGUUCCACACAUCAUGGAACUGCCACUGGGACAAUUCCUUCCACUGUCUUGUCUUACUCUGACUAUAUCUCUCGCCCUGAAGACCAUACCAGUGUCAUUCGUUUUGAUAAGGAUGAGACAGAGAAAACCUGUCGUGUCAUCAUUAUUGAUGAUUCACUUUAUGAGGAAGAGGAAACUUUCAAUGUCACAUUAAGUAUGCCAAUGGGUGGUCAAGUUGGAACAGAAUUCCCUAGCACUAAAGUCAUCAUUUUAGCUGACACAGAUGAUGAACCUGCUUUCUACUUUGGUGACACUGAAUAUUAUGUCUCUGAGAGUGCUGGUUUUGUGGAAGUUCGUGUCUGGAGAACUGGAACAGACUUAUCCAAGGCAGCCACUGUCACUGUGCGUUCCAGGAAAACAGAACCAAUUUCUGCAGAAGCUGGAGUUGAUUAUGUUGGCAUCAGCCAAAACUUGGAUUUUGCUCCUGGUGUAAAUAUGCAGACCUUCCGUGUGACCAUUCUGGAUGAUCUGGGACAGCCUGUUCUUGAGGGACCAGAAAAGUUUGAACUUGUUCUUCGAAUGCCUAUGAAUGCAGUGCUUGGGGAACCAAGCAAAACUACCAUCUUUAUCAAUGAUACCAUCACGGACUUACCAAAAGUGCAAUUUAAGGAAUCACUAUACACAGUGAAUGAAAAAGAUGGGCAACUGACAGCUGUGAUUUACCGUAGUGGUGAUAUAAACCAUAAAUCUACAGUCCGCUGCUACACUCGCCAGGGCUCUGCCCAGGUUAUGAUGGACUAUGAGGAGAGACCAAACACAGAUGAUUCUGUAGUAGUAUUCCUCCCAGGAGAAAUUGAGAAGCCAUGUGUGGUCAUUUUGAAGGAUGAUGCCUCCUAUGAAGAGGAAGAAGAGUUCAGAUUAGUGCUUGGAACACCAAAAAGCACUUCUACAUUUGGUGCCUCCAUUGGGGAGCAAAAAGAAACUUUGGUGAAGAUUAAAGAUGAGGAAGACAAACCAGUGAUAAAGUUUUCUGAAAUCAAAUACAGCAUCCAAGAACCUCAAGAGCCUGGUGAGAUUGCAGUUGUAAAAAUCCCUGUUUUACGUUUGGGGGACAGUUCCAAAGUUUCCAUUGUGAGAAUCCAUACUAAAGAUGGUUCAGCUACCUCUGGAGAAGACUAUAAUCCAAUGUCUAAUGAUAUUGAAUUUAAAGAAGGGGAAACAAAGCACUUCAUUGAGGUUGAAGUUUUGUAUGAUGGAGUGAGAGAAAUGCGUGAAGCAUUUACAGUUCAUUUGAAACCUGAUGAAAAUAUGAUAGCUGAAACUCUGAUGAGCAAAGCCAUCGUGUACAUUGAAGAAAUGGACAGUGUGGCAGAUGUGACUUUUCCAGCUGUGCCCCAGGUUGUAUCUCUCCUGCUGUACGAUGACACCACUAAAAGCAAAGUGAACCCCCAGCCUCCCACUGGCUACCCUAUUGUGUGUGUAACGGCGUGCAACCCCAAAUAUUCCGACUAUGACAAGACUGGAUCUAUUUGUGCUGCUGAAAACAUAAAUGACACGUUGACCUUGUACCGUUGGCUUGUCAGUGCCCCAAGUGGCACUGACGGUGUUACCAGUCCCAUGCGCGAAGUGGACUCCAACACUUUCUUCACCAGCACCAAGUCAAUUGCCUUGGAUUCCAUCUACUUCCAGGCUGGCUCAAGGGUGCAGUGUGCUGCUCGGGCUGUCAAUGCCAAUGGGGAUGUUGGUUUAGAAUUGCUAAGUUCUAUUUAUACAAUAAACCAGGAAGAAGGCUUGUGCCAGCCACGCAUUCCAGGGACAGUAGGAGCAGAGCCUUUCUCAGCCAAAUUACGUUAUACAGGUCCUGAUGAUCCUGACUAUCCCAAUCUGGUCAAAGUGACAGUUAGAAUGCCCCAUAUGGAUGGGAUGCUGCCAGUUCUUUCAACCAGACCCUUGUCCAACUUUGAACUGACACUUAGUCCUGAUGGUACUCGUGUAGGCAACCACAAAUGCUCCAACCUCUUGGAUUAUAAUGAGAUUGAGACAAAAUAUGGAUUCAUCACUGAUGACAUCAAGAACCCAGAAGUGAUGGGAGAAACAUCACCUUACCAGUAUAGCAGCCCUGUGCGGACUGCAAAGACCUUGCGUUUCUACCGUAAUCUCAACCUGGAGGCCUGCCUGUGGGAAUUUUACAGCUACUAUGACAUGUCAGAACUGCUGACGGACUGCAGCGGUUCCAUUGGCACAGAUGGACAGGUGUUAAAUCUGGUUCAGUCGUAUGUGACUCUGCGAGUGCCCCUCUUUGUCUCCUAUGUCUUCCAUUCGCCAGCUGCUGUUGGAGGCUGGCAGCACUUUGAUUUGCAGUCUGAACUGAAGCUCACCUUUGUGUACGAUACGGCCAUCCUCUGGAAGGAUGGCAUCGGAAGCCCACCAGAAGCCGAGCUCCAAGGCUCCCUCUACCCAACCAGCAUGCAGAUCAAUGAUGAAGGUCGGCUCGUGGUCUAUUUCAGGACAGAGAUUCGAUUCAGGGGGCAAUUUGUAAUGUCUCAUCCAGGUACUUCUCUGUCAUCCAUGGUGAUGUCUGCUGAUCACCCUGAUCUCACAUUCACACUGAGCCUUUCUCAAAGUGAGCAAACUUUCCACCAGCCCAUGCAACAAUGGAAAUUUGUCUCAGAUUUUGCUGUACGUGACUAUUCUGGUACUUACACUGUGAAACUUAUCCCUUGUAUUGCCGCACCCAGCCAAGAAUAUACCCAGCCUGUCAUCUGUAGCCCACGGGAGCCAAUCACCUUUGAUCUAGAUAUCAGGUUCCAGCAGGUCAGUGAUCCUGUAGCAGCAGAAUUUAAUUUGAACACCCGCAUGUUUCUGCUGUCCAGGAAAGACCUGUGGCUGUCUGAUGGCUCCAUGGAAUUUGGAGAAGGAACUGAUGUUGCAUUCAUAGAAGGCUCCGAAAUUUAUGGCCGGAUCAUGGUGGAUCCUGUUCAGAAUUUAGGGGAGUCCUUCCUCUGUAACAUUGAAAAGGUGUUUUUAUGCACUGGGUCUGAUGGGUAUGUCCCCAAGUACAAUCCGGAUAACAAAGAAUAUGGUUGCCUAGCUGAUUCUCCUUCCUUGCUGUACAGAUUCAAGAUUUUGGAUAAAGCUCAACCAGAUACGCAGACAACAGUGUUUGGAAAUUUGGCUUUCCAUGCCAAGCUAGCAGCAGAUCACGUUGAUGGUUACCCUUUGGUAAAGCAGCCUGGUUCUGAUGGAUUCAGCCUGUUGUCAACUCCACUAUUCCAGGUCGCAGCAGGUCGAGAGUGGUACAUCCAUGCUAUUUACAUGGUUCGUUCACGUGAGAAUGCCCACAGGGGCCUAGGAAAGAGGAGUCUUGAGUACUACCAAGUUUUAUCUUCAUUAAAUGGAAUCCCUAAUGCUACCCAUUUGGAGCGUACUCGGAGAGCUAUCACAGAUACUCCAGCUCUUGCACAAGAUAUUGGUGCAGAUAAGAAUAGAGGUACCAACAUUCAGCAUAUAGCUCUUGACCGGUCUAACAAAAUUAUUAUCAAGCAAAAAGAUCGCUCUGUAGCUGGUAAACCUUAUGAGAAGCCAAGUUUGGAAAUAACUGGAAGUGAUGUGGAAGAAAGGAUUGUACCCAUUGUUGGAGGUGCAGCAGGGCUGCUGCUUCUGAUCUGUACUGUUUUGAUUGUUGCCUUCCUUCUGAAGCGGAAAGGACAUUCUGCUGGUGGGAAAACAAAGUCAUGCAUCAACUAUUCCAACACUAAGGAAACUGUCACCACACAGCACAGCAGCAGCGACAGCUCUGAAGUCUAAAUGCAUUACAGAGGUGAGGGUUAUCCUUUGAAGAUUGUUCAUUUCGUCAAUGUAAACCGCAGUAUUUGGUGGCUGUUUUCAUGCAGACUUGGAACUGGCCACUGCAGUUUUAAUGCUAGGUUGUUUCUGAUUCCAGCAUAUGAAAAGUGUGGCAAAUAAGAUGAAGUGUAUAGAAGUAUGAGUGACUUAUUUAUAACUUUUCCUAUCCCUAGAACACAGGAUAAACUCCCAGAAUAGAAUGCUCAUUAAACCUAGCAUUUUUUCCAAAUGGUGCUCAAAUAUUAGCAGCUAUAAAUGUGCCUUAUCUACAAUCAUGAAAGCCUGGUGCUCUUCAAAGGGAUAUUGAUUUCCUUCUCGUUCAACUUGUACAGUGUUUAGAGUUAUAUACCCUUCUUUUACAUAGAAAGGUGGGGGUGGGAUUGAGAAGGGUUCAGAUUUUAACUAGAUUGAGUAGAGGUAAAGUAUCUGUAAUUAAAUCUCCAAGUAGAAUUGUUCUGUCUGUGUGGAUGAGAGAAAUACUGCAUUGGAAAAAAACUAUGCUUAUUUAAAAAUGGUAUUUCUUGAGCGUUUUAAUCUACAGGUAUUAUAAAUAUACCUUAAUAUGAGAUCCUAAAGCUGAGGUGUAUUUAAUACUGUAUUGUGCCUUUCACGAUAAACCUAAGUCAUUAUUAUAAGAUGGCCCUUCCUUUUGUCUGCCUCAAGUUUGUGAAGUGUCAGUUACUGCUAUUCCAGAUUGGUUAAAGGAGCUUGACAAAUAUUCUUAAGAUACUGUGCAUAAUUUAAGACAUUAACUUCCUGUGAUUUCUUUCCUGGUCCAUUGACCAUUCAGUUAGUACAAAACAAUUGUUGUCUAGCAGCAACCAUAUUCAAGUUCAAGAUCUAUAUCCAUAUUCAAGAUCUAUGCUAAUCAAGCUGUUUCGCUGAUGUAGCUGUUUAUACAGAAAAAAAAAAUACAGAACAUUUGUUUUACAUGCAGUUUUUGUAAUUUCCCAUCUCUUACUGUUUCUACCUAGCAGUCUAAAAUAUGUUUUGGAUUAUAACAAAAUUAUUUCUUCUCACAGAAAUAUCAAAUUAACUGUUUUAGCAGAAUUGUAUGCAGUUUACUCAGUCUCUGAUUUCAGUGGGACUUACUUCUUAGUAUGGCAGCUUAGUCAUUAACUGGUUAUAGAAUAAGCUUUGGAAAACCUUUUGACCAUCAGAUACAGGUAUCCCUGAUUGGACAAUGCAAAGUUUUUGUAUGUUAAAGUUUUUUAAUAGAAUUGCCAGGCAUAAUCUUAGAAAAAUCAUUUCCCUCCUCUGACAUGAGAAAACACCUUUAUAUUAUCACAGAGAUACCAAACUACUAUCUAUAUGAAUUAAAAUUCAGGCAAUUUGACAAAUUCAACUUGAUUUUUAAUUUAAUCAACUGAAAGCCCUGAUUAAUGUUCAUAGUUACUGCUGGAUUUAAAAAUCUGUGUGUGGCAAUGAAAAGGGACAGUUGCUUAGUCCUGUCAAUUAAAAAAAUCUACCUGCUGCUAGCCAGAAAGAGGGACACUCACUAUGGCGGACUACUAGCUAGUCCCUGAAGUUGCAAGCCCACAACUAUUUUACUGUGGGAACUAUACUCACAUUUUAGUAAUUUGUAAGUAUAUUAUUUAUCUACAAAACUGCGGCAAGCCUUCUGUUAGCAACAAGCAGAGAAGGGGCAGUAGGUGUUGAGGACUGGCUUACUUUUGUUCUGUACUCCUAGACAGAAUAUCCCUUGUCGAAUAUUACAUAUACAUAAGUCUGCAGCUGCUUUUACUUACAAGGGUGUGGUGUUGCUACCAGGUUAAGGCUGCAAUUCUGUAUCAACUCACCUGGGAGUAAGCCCCAUGCAACUCAGCAAGACUUUCUUUCAAGUAAAUGUGCAUGAUGUGCAUUUUAAAGAAAAGUUCUGCCCAGACUAGGAUACUCCUACUCCCAUAGUGCCAUAGAACACGAGGCCUUUUAAUCCAGUGAGCUUUACCAACCAAGUUCAUGUAUUAGUAAUCUUUUUGUAGUAGCUGAAGACAUAAAAGGGUCUAAAUACAAGCAUUCCUUUAUUACCUCUCCUAAUGUGUGAUCCUUUCCUUGUUAAAGAGCUGUUUCCUGCAGUUUAUGGAAUGCGAGGUGCCGUAAAACAUACUUUAUACAUUGCUGUAUAUUUCUGCAAUAGGCUAAUGUCAUUUGUUUCACAAUACAAGCAAAGGAAGUUGAAAGCACAAGUUGAGCACUGAAAUGUUAUCUUUGAAAUGUACUGUACUAUACUGAUCAUGUUCUAUGAUAAUUGUGACCUUGUAGUUUGUGAUAUUGCCAAAACAUGUUGAGAGUUAUUUUAUAAAACUGUUCUCUUUCAUACUUAUCUGCACUUUUUCAUUAGAUUCCAGACACCAUGUUUUAGGGAUGAAUAGUAACCUUGUCACUACAAGCCAAAAGUAAGAGUGUAUAUUUUUACUUGCAUAUUGUCAAAUGUGGACAAAUUAAAGUUGAGAUACCUGUCUAUAAAUGGUGAUUAAGUAACCCAUGACGCAUAUAACUGUUACUGAGGAAAAAGCUUAAACAAAAUUUAGCACUCAUUACUAGAUCAUGGGGAUCCUGCCUUUGAGAUGAUUUUAUGCUGGCUUGGUUUCUUUGACAUAUUUUUAUGGCCAAUAUAGUUUAACAAGUAGUGCCAGUAAACCUGGAGUCUGCGCUGUCUGUGCCACAAUCCACAAUAGUAACCAUGUUAUGGAUGCUAAGCAUUUGGUAGAGGAUUAUUUCCCAACAGGAAAAGUGUGAAGUAGGCAAGUGUGCUUCACUGGAGCAGAAUUGAGUGGCCAAGAAUGCUUAUCACAAAAUGUGAAAUGCAUUAGCAGCAAGAGUCAGUGACUACGUUGGGCUAUAUUAAACACAGUUGUUCUGUGAAUGAGGCACAGGCUUAUGCAGUCUAACACCCAUUCUAAGUAAAAAGCGUUCUAAGCAAAAAGCACCCUUUUGCUUAGAACGCUUCAGCAUUUCAUCAAGUUGGAGUGAAAAUGGUUUAAUAAAGUGAGUAAGGCUCAUGAAGUAAGGUCAAAACUGCAGUUUUCCAAUGUUGCUAAAUGUCAUUAGUUUAAAAGGGAUGCAGAUUUUUCUAAACUGACAGCUAAACCAGAGAUAGGAACAGUGAGCAUGCCCAGGUUCAUUCAUAAUGAUAAAUCAGAGAUUAUUUUAUGUCCCUAUACAACCAAGGUAUAUAAUCCCAAAGAACUAAGCCUGCUUCUGAGUGUGGUUAUAAAAGAAGCAGAUAUCAAUCCUUGUACUGUUUCCACUGUAGAGCCAUCAAUUUUCUACAAUACAUAUGCAACUUUAC